AGUCUGCCAUCAUCUGAUUCAUUAGCAAGAACUGUUCGAAGACAGCGUCCAACAUUAUCUUUAACUUCAUCUUCUCAAUUACCUAUUGAAUUAAGAAAAACUGAUCGUGGAGACGAUUUUAUACUUUAUGAAGAUGAUGAAAUGAUUAUUUUUACUACAAAAAAAAAUUUAUCUUUGUUAAAAGAAUGUAAACAUUGGUUUGUAGAUGGUACUUUUAAGGUUUGUCCUAAAGAAUUCUACCAAUUAUUUACAUUACAUGCCUUGUUAAAAUCUGUUGUCGUUCCACUCGUCUACGGAUUAUUAAUUGGUAAAAGUGGUGAUGAUUAUAAACAGUUUUUUGAAAAAGUGUUAGAACAAGAUGAUUUUCAACCAGAAUCAAUUCUUAGUGAUUUCGAAGCAGGCACAAUCAAAACCAUUAAAGAACUUUUUCCGAAUACUGUUCAUACAGGCUGUCUUUUUCACUAUGGACAGUGUAUAUGGCGUCAUAUACAAGAGAAAGGUUUAUCAACAAAAUAUGAUGAUGAUGAUGAUAAUUUUAGAUUAAAUGUUAGAAAAUUAUUAUCAUUACCUUUUGUUCCAGCUUCAGAAGUGAUCGAAGCGUUUGAAUUAAUUGCUGAUGAAUUCGAUGAUCAAGCUGAUACUCUUGUUGAAUAUUAUGAAAAGACAUGGAUCGGGGAGAGGAAGAAACGAGGAGCUGGAAGAAAAAAACCAAAAUUUAAUAAUGAAUUAUGGAAUGUAUAUGAGCGUGCCAUUAAUGAUCUUCCAAGAUCAAAUAAUUCGGUAGAAGCCUGGCACAGUGCAUUCGCAAACCGCGUGUCCAUAGCCCAUCCAUCAGUUGCCAAACUUGCUGAUAAAAUUCGUCAAGAACAAUCAAAAUUUGAAAUUGAUAUUGAACAAAUAUUCCAAGGUCAUCAGCCACAAUUAAAAAAAUUAACUUAUCGUAAACUCAAUGAAAGAAUAAUACGGGUGGUCAAUAUGUAUAACAAGAAUCAAUUGGACGAAUAUCUAAAAAACAUUAGCGCUAGUAUUAUUAUCUAA